CUUUGCCUUAUCCUACAUGAUCUCUCCGUUUUCCUCUCCAAUCCGUAACAACAACCAAAAAUAAAAGACAUCCCCCAAAGCCCAGCCAGUCCCUCUCAGUAUCAGAGCAAAUUAGCAACCUGCUACAUCAGGGGGGCUCCUCUGCCGGGAGACCUGUCACUCUCAACUACUCAGAUCCUCACAUCAAGCCAGCGAACGAGAUGGAUUUUUGGGCACUUUUACUGAGGACCUUUCUCUUCCCAUCAGCCUUGGUCUUCUCCUCCGAUCUCUUUCAUUCUGAAUGCUAUACAGUGAACGGAGCUGACUACAGGGGGACGCAGAAUCAGACAUCCCUUGACGGUGGGAAGCCAUGCCUCUUCUGGAAUGAGACUUUCCAACAUCCGUACAACACCUUGAAAUAUCCCAAUGGUGAAGGUGGUUUAGGCGAUCACAACUACUGCAGGAACCCAGAUGGUGAUGUGAGUCCCUGGUGUUACAUAGCAGAGCAUGAAGAUAGUGUAUAUUGGAAGUACUGUGACAUUCCAACCUGCAGAAUGCCUGGCAAUCUCGGCUGCUACAGGGACCAUGGGAAUCCCCCUCCAUUGACUGGCAUCAGUGAGACAUCAAACAAACAGACCAUACAGACCUGCAUCUCUAUGUGCCGGAAACAGCGUUACAAGUUUGCUGGACUUGAAUCGGGCUUUGCGUGCUUCUGCGGCAACAAUGCUGAUUACAGAAAACAUGGAGAGACGCCCAGCACAGAAUGUAACAGCGUCUGCUUUGGGGAUCACACACAACCUUGCGGAGGAGACGGACGAAUUAUUCUAUUUGAUUCACUGAUUGGUGCCUGCGGUGGAAAUUACACAAUGGAUUCUGCUGUAAUCUACUCACCAGAUUUUCCAGAUACUUACGGAACGGGAAAAGCUUGCUAUUGGACCAUUCAGAUUCCAGGCGCAUCUGUGAUCCACUUUGAGUUCACCUUUUUUGACAUCAAAGACUCUAGAGAUAUGGUUGAGUUGUUGGACGGUUACACUAAGCAGGUUUUGGUGCGGUUUGAUGGAAGAAACCACCCUACACACUCAUUCAACAUCUCGCUUGACUAUGUUAUUCUUUAUUUCUUCUCUGAUCGUGUCAAUCAGGCUCAAGGCUUUGCUCUGGUUUACCAAGCAUUCAUGGAGCGAGCCGUGGAAAAGCCUAAGGCACUCAGCAACCAGACGCAGACAGAGCUCAUCACACAAACAACCAACCUCAGCAUCAAUGCAGCUCGAUCAUCAAAAAUUCUGUAUGUCAUUACGACAAGCCCAAGCCGGCCAACUGGGCAUAUGCCAGGUUGGACAGUCUAUGCACUUACAGCCCUUCUAAUUUUGACGAUUAUUGCUAUUUUGGCUAAAGCACUUUUACACAUAACAAUGAAGUCUCCUCGAUUACCUUCACCCACAGGCUUGGAUAGUUGUCACAGAGGGUCUGCAGGAGAAAUUUGGAGUAUAUUCUACAAGCCUUCUACAUCCAUCUCCAUCUUCCCAAAGAAAAUUAAGAGUCUACAUGAUGACCGCAACCCUUUGGUUGGAGAAUAAAUUGCACUUUUAAAGAACUUUUCAACACUGCAGGGCUACACUGGGAAACUCCUGCCACCUCUGUUUAAAGAUGGCUGUCAAUAAAAAUCAACAAAUCAUGAACAGUGGACGUGGACUAUCCAACAUCUACAUGGGCUUCUAGACCUCUGCAUCUCUACAGUGCGGUGAUGCAUUAAGGCACAUUCAACCAUAAAUAUUCCCCAACAAAAAGGUCAAGAGGAAGUCCAAAAAAGCUGUAUGAGAUCUUGUUGUCAAUAUCAGGUCAAGGAGAACAUGCGGUUAGGGUGGGAUUAAAAGAACCACAGCAUAUUGCUGCAGACUCAUGCAAUCGUCCCUGCCCUGUCUGGUGGGGUCUCCCGUGUUUGAAAGGAAGUCUGAUUUAUCUUCAGGCCUUUCUUAUUUUUUAUUCUAUUUAUAAACUUCUAUUCUAUUGAGAACAGAAAUAAGAGGCACCAGAGGGAAAAGUACAAAGAAAUACACAAUGGGCAGCCUUCCUGGUGAUGGUUUCUUUUCAUGUGCACACAAGUCUCGAUGCAAAGUAUCUCCUGAGAAAGACAAACAUAAACAAAAGCCGUCCAAACAUGAACCAAACUAGACGAGGAGUCUUUUCAUUCUAGAGCUGACGAUAUUUCCCAGAAUGAUUGGAUACUCUAAUGCAGUCUAGGAUUGUGUGCUGCCCUUGAACAUGCAUGGAUGGGCUGUAAUGGUGCAUGAAAUGGAUUUUCAUGAUUAUGGGGCAACCAGAUAACCUGUUAUAGCCCUAUCUCCGGAACAUCCGUAUUUAUAUCCAUUCGGAAUAAUUCAGCUCAUUGUUAAGACCUAAAUUUAUUUUAUCUGGAUCCAUUUAUGUCUUUUUUGAAAGUAUUUGUCAAUUUUACACAUAAAAUCGAUUCAGUGA